UGUGCACGGACGGGCUCCAGGGCUCGCUCGCUCGCUCUGUCUCCGGCUCGGCCGCGCCCCCGGCCCGUGCCUGCGGUCCGCGCCCGCCCCGCCGUGCAUUUAGCGGUUUUCCGCAUCUGGACACCGUUGCUGUUGCUGGGCGGGCCGGAGCUAGAGCCUCCGCGAGAGCUGGUGUCGGGUGGGCCGGGGGCGCGGGCCGAGGAGGCGGUGCUGGCCCAGCUCCGGGCUCCGGGCUGGGUCCCCAGUGACAGCGCCGCCCCGGGUAUGCCCGCGGGGACGCCGCUGGCCACCGGAGCGAGGUGCUGCCCUCCGCUACCAUGACCGAGGGCACUCUGGCCGCGGACGAGGUCCGGGUGCCCCUGGGCGCUUCGCCUCCGGCCCCUGCAGCGCCGGUAAGGGCUUCCCCAGCGAGUCCUGGGGCGCCGGGGCGCGAGGAACAGCGAGGAUCCGGGUCCGGCGUGUUGGCUCCGGAGAGCCCAGCGACCGAGUGUGGUGCGGACCUGGGCGCCGACGAGGAACAGCCCGUCCCAUACCCGGCACUGGCUGCCACGGUCUUCUUCUGCCUCGGGCAAACCACGCGGCCGCGCAGCUGGUGCCUCCGACUGGUUUGUAACCCAUAUCCUUACAGGGUUGGCAGGGCGCUGGGGGCUGAGGUUUGGGACUCCUUCUGCGUACGCCCUGUGAACCCGGCUUUUGGGAUCCGGCGCGGGCUGGGUAGGGGUGCGAGGGCAGCGUUCUUCUCAGAGGUGGUAGGGUUACGCCUCGGAACUUGCUGGUGUGAUCUGGGUUCAGAGGCAGCUCGGGACGGAGAGUAUGGGCGGAAGCAGCGAGGAUGCCGCCGGCUUGGAAGGGAAUGAAAGAUAGUUGUUAACUCCUGCGGUCGGAGAGGGGGAGAUGGGAAUCCCCGCCU